CAACCGGAGGCCCUACCGACAAUACUAUGUGGAAGCUUUCGGAGACCCUUCUGAGAAAGCUUGGGUGGCCGGAAAAGCAAUCGUCAUGUUUGAAGGCAGACAUCAAUUUGAAGAGCUACCUGUCCUUCGGAGAAGAGGGAAGCAAAAAGAAAAAGAAUAUAGACAUAAGGUUCCUCAGAAAAUUUUGAGUAAAUGGGAAGCCAGUGUUGGUCUUGCUGAACAGUAUGAUGAUCCCAAAGGCUCAAAGAACCGAAAAUGUGUCAGAAGUUCAAUCAAGUUGGACAGCGAAGAGGAUAUGCCAUUCGAGGACUGUCCCAAUGACCCUGAAUCAGAACAUGAUUUAUUGCUUAAUGGAUGUUUGAAUUCUCUGGCUUUUGACUCUGAACAUUCUGCAGAUGAGAAGGAAAAGCCUUGUGCUAAAUCACGAGUAAGAAAGACCGUUGAUAAUCCAAAAAGGACUAGUGUGAAAAAGAGCCACAUUCAAUUUGAAGCACAUAAGGAUGAACGGAGGGGAAAGAUUCCAGAGAACCUUGGCCUAAACUUCAUUUCUGGCGAUGUAUCCGAUAAGCAGGCCUCUAAUGAACUUUCCAGGAUAGCAAAUAGCCUCGCAGGAUCCAGCCCCACCCCGAGAAGUUUCUUAUUUUCUUCUUGUGGAAAAAACACUGCAAAGAAAGAUUUUGAGACUUCAAAUUGUGACUCUUUACUGGGCUUACCUGAGGCUGCAUUGAUCUCUAAAUGUUCUGGGGAGAAGAAGAAACCCCAAAGAGGUCUGGUUUGCAGUUCAAAGGUCCAGCUCUGCUAUAUUGGAGCAGGUGAUGAGGAAAAGCGCAGUGAUUCUAUUAGCAUCUGUACCACUUCUGAUGAUGGAAGCAGUGAUUUGGAUCCUCUGGAUCAUAGCUCAGAGUCUGACAACAGUGUCCUAGAAAUUACAGAUACUUUUGAUAGAACAGAGAGCAUGUUAUCCAUGCAGAAAAAUGAAAAGGUAAAGUAUUCUCGGUUUCCUGCUACAAAUAGUAGGGUAAAAGCAAAGCAGAAGUCUCUUAUUACCAACUCACAUACAGACCACUUAAUGGAUUAUACUAAAACAGCAGAGCAUGGAACCGAGACCUCUCCGGGUAGCUCUGAUCCUAAAGUGUCCACCUUUAUCUGCAAAGCUCCACCUGAUUUUAGAAAUGACAGCCUCCCUCCAAAAUUCAACACGCCAUCAAGCGUUUCCAGUGAGAACUCCCUAGCAAAGAGUGGACCCGGGAAUCAAAUUCUGUUACAGUCAAAAAGCAAACCGCCUAAGAUCCGAAGUAUAAAGUGCAAGCACAAAGAAGACCCAGUUGUGGUAGAACCUCCAGUUAGUAAUGAGGACUGCAGUUUGAAAUGCUGCUCUUCUGAUCCCAAAGGCUCUCCUUUGGCUAGCAUUUCCAAAAGUGGAAAAGCAGAUGGGCUAAAACUACUGAGCAACAUGCAUGAGAAAACCAGGGAUUCUAGUGACAUCGAAACGGCAGUGGUGAAGCAUGUUCUGUCUGAGUUGAAGGAACUCUCCUACCGAUCCUUAAGUGAGGAUGUCAGUGACCCGGGAACACCAAGACCACCCAAACCAUUACUUUACACUUCUGCCUCGGGCCAGAGUCACGUGCCUCUGGAACCAGACUACAAGUUCAGCACAUUGCUAAUGAUGUUGAAAGAUAUGCAUGAUAGUAAGACCAAGGAGCAACGGUUGAUGACAUCUCAAAAUUUGGUCUCCUAUCGUAGUCCUGGUCUUGUGGAUUGUUCUACUACCAGUCCUGCAGGGGCUUCUAAGGUCUUGGUUACAGGAGGUUCCACCCACAAUUCAGAAAAAAAUGAAAGUGGCACUCGGGACUCGGCCCAUCCCAGUCCUACUGGGGGUGACUCCGCAGCACUGCCUGGGGAGUUGUCUACCUCCUUACCUAACUUAGUGUUUGAGAAAAGAGACCUUUGUGCUUCUGGCAAAAGUCGUUCAAACUGUGUUACUAGGCGCAACUGUCGGCGAUCAAAGCUAUUAUCCAAAUUGGACGAUGGUUUUUCAACCCAGUUGGGAAAGAACACAAUGAACCGGAAAGCCUUAAAGACAGAACGCAAAAGAAAACCGAACAGGCUUCCAGAAGCUCUGGAGGCUGCACUGCAGGGAGAUAGAGAGGGUGGAGGCUCACUGAGUGUCUCUGCAAAGGGUGAGGAAGAAGAUGCUGGUAAAGAAGAGCACUUUCAAUUAAAGGGCCACAUAACAAAUGAAGAAAACACCCAUCUUUCUGAUGUUCAUUUUGACAACAAGGUCAAAGAGUCUGACAUUGAUAAAAUUUCAGAAAAUGCCCCGUCUUUGGAAAAGAGUAAAGGCCCAGAGCUGGACUCUGAAGUGCACAGUGAGAAUGAUGAACAUAACGGUGUACAUCAAGUGGUGCCUAAAAAGCGGUGGCAGCAUUUAAACCAAAGGCGCACUAAACCUCGUAAGCGCACUAACAGAUUUAGGGAGAAAGAAAAUUCUGAGGGUGCCUUUGGGGUCUUACUUCCUGGUGACCCUGUGCAGAAGGGGGAUGACCCACCUGAGCAUAGAUCUACUUCCACGAGUAUACUGGAAGAUGCACUGACAAAUCCAAAUAGUACAGGCUGCCUAGAUUCUGUUGGGCCACAGUUGAAUGUUUGUGAUAAAACCAAUGCCAACGUUGAGGAGGUGGAAAAGGAGCCAGGAAUUCCCAGUUUGACCCCCCAGUCUGUGCUCCCGGAACCAGCUAUUCCAUCGGAGAAGAAACGCCUGAGGAAGCCAAGCAAAUGGCUUCUAGAAUAUACUGAAGAAUAUGAUCAGAUAUUUGCUCCUAAGAAAAAACAAAAGAAGGUUCAGGAACAGGUACUUAAGCGUAAAUCCGAUGCAACUGCUGGUGAUGUAACAAAGAAAAGGAAAACGAUCACGAUUGAAAAUAAAGUGGAAAUAAUAAAGCGAGCGGAGAGAGGUGAACGGCCAUCAGUCAUUGGAAAAGCAUUAGGCUGCAGUCGGUCAACGAUUGGAAACGUUUUAAAGGAUAAAGUGAGAAUAAUGGAGCAUGUGAAAGGCUCUGCCCCGAUGAAAGCUACAAUUAUUACUAAACAACGCAAUGGUUUAAUGAUUGAAAUGGAAAAGUUAUUGCUAAUUUGGUUAGAUGAUCAAAAUCAGCGUGAUAAACCUGUUAGCCUUACUUUAGUGCAAGAAAAGGCCCAAAGCCUUUUCAGUGAUUUAAAAGCUGCCCGUGCAGGAAACGAAGGUGAUUAUAAUGAAGAAUUUGUUGCAAGUAGGGGUUGGUUCAAUCGUUUCAAAAUGAGGGCAAAUUUGCAUAAUAUUAAAGUGCAAGAUGAAGCAGCGAGUGACAAUUUAAGUGCUGCAAGUGAUUUUCCCGAAAUGUUGAAAAAAAUUAUUGAGGAGGGAGGUUACCUCACGAAUGCCCCUUCCGGUAUUACACAAGACGGCAGUGAAACAAGAGUAAGUUCCCGCUCUGAAGAGGAAAGCCUUCAAUGUCGAUCUGGUACUCAGAACAAGCAGGUGGAUGAGAAUUCUUUGAUUUCAACCAAAGAAGAACCUCCAGUUCUUGAAAGGGAGGCUCCAUUUUUAGAAGGGCCCGUGGCCCAGUCAGAGCUUGCAGGUGGACAUGCUGAGCUGCCACAGCUGACCUUAUCUGUUCCUAUGGCUCCUGGAGUCUCGCCAAGACUUGCUCUUGAGACUGAGGAAUUGGUAGUUAAACCAUCAGGAAAUUAUGAAAGUAAACGUCAGAGAAAACCAACUAAGAAACUUCUUGAGUCCAAUGAUUUAGAUCCUGGAUUUAUGCCCAAGAAGGGAGAUAUGGGCCUGUCUAAAAAGUGUUUUGAAGCUGGCCAUGUGGAACAUGACAUUACUGCAUCAUGUGCUGCAGCUCGCUCUAAGGAGUUUGGUGAAGGUACUGCUAAGAUAUUUGAUAAGCCAAGGAAGCGGAAACGACAGAGGCAUGCUAUUGCCAAGAUGCAAUAUAAAAGAGUGAGAAAUUACAAUGCAUCAAAGGAGACUGCAGGUUCAGAGGGAGAACUGAUGGCACAUGGCACGGCAGCAAGCCCCAAGGAGGCCACUGAGGAUGGUGUAGAGCACGACCAUGGGAUGCCUGCAUCUAAAAGAAUGCAAGGUGAACGUGGGGGAGGAGCUGCCCUCAAGGAGAACGUUUGUCAGAACUGUGAGAAGCUGGGGGAGCUGCUGUUGUGUGAGGCCCAGUGCUGUGGGGCUUUCCACCUGGAGUGCCUUGGGUUAACUGAGAUGCCAAGAGGAAAAUUUAUCUGCAAUGAAUGUCACACAGGAAUACAUACCUGUUUUGUUUGUAAACAAAGUGGGGAAGAUGUAAAAAGGUGCCUUCUGCCCUUGUGUGGAAAAUUUUACCACGAGCAGUGUGUCCAGAAAUACCCACCCACUGUCAUGCAGAACAAGGGCUUCCGGUGCUCCCUCCACAUUUGUAUCACCUGCCAUGCUGCUAAUCCAGCCAGUGUUACUGCAUCGAAAGGGCGUCUGAUGCGCUGUGUUCGCUGCCCUGUGGCAUAUCACGCUAAUGACUUCUGCCUGGCCGCUGGGUCAAAAAUCCUGGCUUCUAAUAGUAUCAUCUGCCCAAAUCACUUUACCCCUAGGCGGGGUUGUCGAAAUCAUGAGCAUGUUAAUGUUAGCUGGUGUUUUGUGUGCUCGGAAGGAGGCAGCCUUUUGUGCUGUGAUUCUUGCCCUGCUGCUUUUCAUCGUGAGUGCCUGAACAUUGAUAUCCCGGAAGGAAACUGGUAUUGCAAUGACUGUAAGGCUGGCAAAAAGCCUCACUACAGGGAGAUCGUCUGGGUGAAAGUUGGACGAUACAGGUGGUGGCCCGCUGAGAUCUGCCAUCCCCGUGCUGUACCUUCUAACAUCGAUAAGAUGAAACAUGAUGUGGGCGAGUUCCCUGUACUCUUCUUUGGAUCUAAUGACUAUCUGUGGACCCACCAAGCUAGAGUCUUUCCCUACAUGGAAGGAGAUGUUAGCAGCAAGGAUAAGAUGGGCAAAGGAGUGGAUGGGACAUAUAAAAAAGCUCUUCAGGAAGCUGCAGCAAGAUUUGAGGAAUUAAAGGCCCAAAAGGAGCUAAGGCAGCUGCAGGAAGACCGUAAGAACGACAAGAAGCCACCGCCUUACAAACAUAUAAAGGUGAAUCGUCCUAUUGGCAGGGUCCAGAUCUUCACUGCAGACUUGUCUGAAAUUCCCCGCUGCAACUGUAAAGCUACUGAUGAGAACCCCUGUGGGAUCGACUCCGAGUGCAUCAACCGCAUGCUGCUUUACGAGUGCCAUCCCACAGUAUGUCCUGCGGGAGGGCGCUGCCAAAACCAGUGCUUCACCAAGCGCCAGUACCCAGAGGUUGAAAUCUUCCGCACUUUGCAGAGAGGUUGGGGCCUCCGCACCAAAAUUGACAUUAAGAAGGGUGAAUUUGUGAAUGAGUAUGUGGGUGAGCUCAUAGACGAAGAAGAGUGCAGAGCUCGAAUUCGCUAUGCCCAAGAACAUGACAUCACUAAUUUCUAUAUGCUCACCCUAGACAAGGACCGGAUCAUUGAUGCUGGUCCCAAAGGAAACUAUGCUCGGUUCAUGAAUCACUGCUGCCAACCCAACUGUGAAACACAGAAGUGGUCUGUGAAUGGAGAUACCCGUGUUGGCCUUUUUGCCCUAAGUGACAUCAAAGCAGGCACAGAACUUACCUUCAACUACAACCUGGAAUGUCUUGGGAAUGGAAAGACCGUUUGCAAAUGUGGAGCCCCAAACUGCAGUGGCUUCCUGGGUGUAAGGCCUAAGAAUCAGCCCAUUGCCACAGAAGAAAAGUCCAAGAAAUUUAAGAAGAAGCAACCAGGGAAGCGCAGGACCCAAGGCGAAGUCACAAAGGAGCGGGAGGAUGAAUGCUUCAGCUGUGGGGAUGCCGGGCAGCUUGUCUCCUGUAAGAAGCCAGGCUGCCCCAAAGUCUACCAUGCAGAUUGUCUCAACCUAACCAAACGCCCAGCAGGGAAAUGGGAGUGUCCCUGGCAUCAAUGUGACAUCUGUGGAAAGGAAGCUGCCUCCUUCUGUGAGAUGUGUCCCAGCUCCUUUUGCAAGCAGCAUCGUGAAGGAAUGCUCUUCAUAUCCAAACUGGAUGGACGUCUGUCUUGUACUGAGCAUGACCCCUGUGGACCCAACCCUCUGGAACCUGGGGAGAUCCGUGAGUAUGUUCCUCCCCCCGUACCGCUGCCUCCAGGCUCACCCUCUCACCCAGCAGAGCAAUCAUCAGGGAUGGCGGCUCAGGGGCUGAAGACGUCGGAAAAGCCACCUGCAGACAACAACCAGACAUUGUCUCUCUCCAAAAAGGCUCUGGCAGGGUCUGGUCAGAGGACGCCGCAGCCUGAACGACCUCUUGAAAGAACUGACUCUAGGCCUCAGCCUUUAGAUCGGAUCAAGGACCUUGCUGGACCAGGGACCAAAUCCCAAUCCUCGGGAUCCAGCCAGAAAUCAUUGGACAGGUCUCCUGCAAGACCCCAGCUCUCUGGCAAACCCUCUCCAGUGACCAGCCCAAGCUCCUCACCUUCAGUCAAGUCUCAACCACUGGAAAGACCUCUGGGUGCUCCAAGGCUGGAUAAAUCCAUAGGUGCUGCCAGCCCCAGGCCUCAGCCAUUGGAAAAAGCCCCAGUCCCCACUGGCCUGAGACUUCCGCCAGCAGACAGACUGCUAAUCACCAGUGGUCCCAAGCCCCAGACUUCAGAUAGGCCCCCUGACAAAUCCCAUGCCUCUUUGUCCCAGAGACUCCCACCUCCUGAGAAAGUACUAUCAGCGGUGGUCCAGACCCUUGUUGCAAAAGAAAAAGCACUGAGGCCUGUGGACCAGAAUACCCAGUCAAAAAGCAGAGCUGCUCUGGUUAUGGAUCUCAUAGACCUGGCUCCUCGCCAGAAGGACCGGGCACCUUCUCCUCAUGAGGGCACUCCACAAGUCGAUGAGAAGAUACCCGUGUUGGAGUCAAGUUCUUGGCCUGCCAGCAAAGGCCUGGGGCAGAUGCCUCGAGCUGUAGAGAGAAUUAGCAUGUCAGACCCUGUCCUCCCGCCACCUGGGAAAGCAGCAGCCCCUUCAAAGCAUCCCUGGCAAGCUGUUAAAUCACUCACCCAAGCCAGACUUCUUCCUCAGUCCCCUGCCAAGGCUUUUUUAUACGAGCCAACCACUCAAGCCUCCGGAAGAGCACCUACAGAGGCUGAGCAGACCCCAGGACUUGCCAGCCAAGCCUCAGGCCUGCUGAAGCAGAUGGCUGGAGGCCCUCAACUCCCUGGAUUUGCUGCCAAAGGGACAGCGCUGAGUGGGCAAUCCUUCCGGCCUCUUGGGAAUGCCCCAGCCUCUCUGCCCUCUGAGGAGAAGUUAGCCACCACAGAGCCGAGUCCCUGGCUCCUGGGAAAGGCCCCCCUGGGACCCGGGCUGUGGCCCAUGGUGGCUGGACAGGCACUGACACCGUCGCGCUGGUCCUCUGGGAGCACACAGACGUUGGCACAGACUUGCUGGUCCAUUGGAAGAGGGCAAGACCCUAAACCAGAGCAAAAUACUGUUCCAGCUCUUAACCAAGCCCCUUCCAAUCACAAGUUUGCGGAGUCAGAGCAGAAAUAAUGCUAGUAAAUGUUAUGGCCAGACAAACUGCCCCAGGGUACCAUUUGGGGAGGGGAAUAUUUCCUUUCUUUCCCCCCUUACAAAAACAGACCCCCUAAACCUUUCCACUGUUAUUCUUAUAUCCCAACACUCAGAAACUCUUGUGACAUUAGCCAGUGGGAGCUUAUGGUUAUGUAAACCAUGUAUGGAAAUCCAAGUGGGCCCCAACCAAGGGGACAGACAGACUUGGGUCUCUUUCCCACGACUUUUACACAUGGUAAACUUGAAAUAAAAGUCCCCUCUGGAGUCAAGCAUGGAAUUCAAUUCCGCUGGUCAAGUCGGAAGGUAGAGGUGCUCACAAAGCUAUUUCCCUGGCCCUGCAGUAGAACCCUAUUGAGGGCACCCGAUGAACCUUGGGAAGAACUGAUGUUCAUUAAAAUCAGUGGCUCGUGGGUGCUAGGCCAGUCCUGCUCCAUGACCCAGAGAUAAAUAAGGCCUAACAAGUCUGCCUGCAUUCUCAGGCUGCCAAGAACCUUUGAUCAGGAGCUUCCCAGCUCAUUCUGAACUGUUCUUUGUGGUUAAGUGUCUCCUGAUUGAGGUAUGCGUGAGGGUGUGACCAUACAAUCACACUCAUGGAGGUGAUCUCUGCAGGCUUGAGGGUGCUGCAUCAAGGCCAAGUGGGGUUGCUACAGGGCGGCAGCUGCCAAUUACGUCAGCUGUGCAGUCUUGAACACCUGUCUUUGGCAGAGCAUCUGGCUAAGGGGAGCUGGGCUUUAUGAGCAGGUAGCUUUCCAGUGAUGGGGCAAAGCAAUUGGCAAGCCUACCUUUCUUUUCUACCAAUUCUUCUUUUACAUGAACCCACCCACCCCUGUGCCCCAAACACCCAGGUGCUUCAGAUUUGAGUCUUGGACAGUGAACAUAGGGAACCUGUAAGCUAGACAUUCCAGCUUCAGGGAGCUGGCCAGAUCCUGAUUGGAAAGUGUUUGACCUUACCCAAUCCUUUACCUUCCUGAGUGGAGGGGCUCCUAGUGUUUAUCAUCCCUCCUGGUGAUUUGCUGUGCUCUUAUCAUGAGCACCUGUCUGCUGACUCGGCUCAAAGCCAAGCCAGAACGCUUCCUAGGAGACUGGUUUCUAUGGUGUUCAGAGCAGUGUCCAGUCUUAAGAGAAGGUUUUCAUAACUGCUGAUGAUCUGUUACUGGGGCCCUGAGCUGGGAAAUCUGUUGGUGCUAUCCUGCCCUGCCAUUCACCCAGCUAACCAACUGCCAACAGGAAGUGCUGUUUGGCCAGUUCCCUCCCACCUCUCGCCCCUCCUUUGCCCCUAGACCAAACACGUUUACCUCUGCUUUGCCAACUUAGCCAGCAGCUUUAGCCAACAGGACAUUGCCCGGCCCUGACAUUUCCUGGCCAUUCUGUCCGUUCUGGCUGUUAUACCCUCAACAGGAUUCCGUAUUUUCCCCCCAGUUUACCCCUCCGCCUAAAUUCCUAUAGUGAUUACUCUCAUCCAUCACUCUCAAGGAGGGAAUCAUCAUUUUAGAAGCAUUUGCGCUUUAUAUAAUAAAGAUUUUUAAAACAA